AUGGUGUCCCUUACACCAGCGUUCAGCUCUAAUGCUGGGCUCGCGCCAAACUCGUACAUCUACAAGAUCCUUUCUACAGCAGCACGGCAAGACCCGCUCACGUACUCGCAAACCGAUCAGCUAGCAAUCAUAUCCUCGGACGACUCACUACGGUUCCUAGAUCCCACAACGCUCAGUAUACUGCCCGACGGCCUAGUGAAGAACGUGAACCAAAAAGUCACAUGUCUCGAACGAGCGAACGAUCUGCCAAGCAACAUAGUAGCGACGGCUGGAAGAGAUGGACUCGUCAGAUUCUGGGACAAGAGGAGCAAACAGAAAGUUCUGGAGAUUGAGAGCCCGCACAAACUCAUCUCAUCACUCGUCUGCGACGCUGAGAGGAACUUCAUUGCAGCGGGAAUCGAAAACCCAGAUGACGGGGCCGGCGUCUCGCCCGUCUACAUCUGGGACCAGCGCAACCCCUCAAUCCCCACGCUUUCCCUUAUAGAAUCCCAUACCGAUACCAUAACCUCCCUCGCCUUGCAUCCAACACUCCCCAAUCUUCUCCUCUCCUCCAGCACAGACGGCCUCGUCAACAUCUUCGACAUAACACAGCCUGAGGAAGAAGACGCCCUGUACCAAGUCAUCAACCACGGCUCCGCUAUCGCUCACGCAGGCUUCAUGUAUCCGAGUACCGACAUCUUUGCUCUAGGCACAGACGAGACGAUGAGUUUCUAUGCGCUGCAAAGCCAGAAGGAAGAGGAAGAAGAGCCCACGCCGAAAACGUUUGGUGAUGUAAGGGAGGCCUUGGGAUGCGAGUAUCUCGCCAAGAUGCAUUGGAUAGGCAGCGAGGCGUUUGUAGCAACAGGAAAGCACAGCGAGAGUCGUUUGGAUCUUGUUCCCGUCCGCAAGAAUUCCAGCGCACCUCUAGACUACCAGUACAACUUGGAUCAAAGCACUCGCUUCCCUGGCGCUCAUGGCGAGGAAAUUGUACGCGAUCUGUAUACAGAUGUCCAUACCCAGAUAACAUACACAUGCGGAGAAGACGGCCACAUCCGCGCCUGGAAAUCUUCCGACACCGAUAGCAUGGACAUCGAUGCAUCGGCCGAGUCCUCGAAGAAAAGCAAGGACCGCAAGGAGAAGCGAAAAGACAAAAAAGAGAAGCGCAAAGGAGACGAGAAGAAAAUCAGAUACAACCCCUACUAG